AUGCCGUCGGGGAUGCUUCGGCGGCUGCACACGCGCAUCAUAGGGAUGGGCUCUGUCUGCGGCAUGGCACAAUCACCACCCGCGGAGGUUAUUCUGAGGACCCUCCCGCCCCCGGAAGAGGUGGACCACACAAAGUACCUGCGGUUUGAACGGGAGGAGCUGGAACGCCCGCCGCUCUCACGCACGCAUUUCCCCUUGGUGGCACCUGAACCGUUUUACGGCAUCCACUGUGGCGCCGCGGGGCACAGUCACGUCGCGCUCAUGACACGCGAGGGAAACUUGAUCACAUUUGGCGACAAUCGCUAA